AUGAACCCCUCCGCGCUUCCGGAUAUGUCGGGGAUGGACGUCUUGGGUUUGCACCUUUCAAACCCAAGCCAAGCUAAACAUCCCUAUGCCUCCUCUAUCUCCUCCUCCGCCUCCUCCUCGUCCUCUUCCGUCUUCUCUCUUGAUGCACAAAGUUCCAUCUCCUCAACCGCCACAAACCCGGUCGAUGUGAUUUGGGAGAAUGAUGCAGACGGGCAGUUAGUCGGAAGAAACGGGUCUUGCCCUCGUGUCUUCAAGGGUAUUCCUAAAGUUGAAGGUCCGGUACCCCCGGAGCUGCGUAUGCACCCGCGCCGUACCAGUAGUGCCUCCGCCAACGGUUCUGCCGCCCGUCCUCCGCCGUGUCUGCUUCGGCAGUCCGAGCGCAAGAACAAUUUCGUCGAUAAUCUCGUCGAUACGGCGUCGCAGAUUGUUGAAAAUAUCUGGCCGCUGUCGGCCGCAGUAUCCCGCAGCGAUGCUGCGACCGGGUCAAAAGGGGUCCUACCCCUUCGGACAUUUAUUCAGGAAACGCUCCGUCGCUCUCGCACUAGUUACAGUACUUUGCAAGUUGCUUUGUACUAUUUGAUCAAGAUCAAGCCCCAUGUGCCUGCCCACGACCUGACCAAGGAACAACACCGGGAUCAGUCGACGAUGCGGGCCAUGCAGUGCGGUCGUCGUAUGUUCUUGGCCGCUCUGAUCUUGGCCUCCAAGUAUCUGCAAGACCGCAACUACUCUGCCCGAGCAUGGAGUAAAAUUUCCGGCCUGAAUACUUUGGAAAUUAACCAAAAUGAGUUGAUGUUCCUCCAAGCGGUUGGUUGGCGUUUGCACAUCUCUGAGGCCACCUUCCAGCGAUGGACCGAUCUGGUUCUGAAGCUGACUCCGGGUGCCGGUGGGCCUCCGGCCGGCGAAGGUCAGUGCUGGCGCACCGUCCUGCCCCGUCUGACUCCCGAGUUGGAUGCUGUCGAUUCUGACCCGAUGACCCCGGUUUCGGCCAUGGGCGGCAUGGAUCUCGGUUCCGACUUGCCCUCGGAGCCUACCCCGGACUUUGGAGCCGACUCCGCGCAUCGAGUUCAUCAACCCGCCUCUACCCGCUAUCCGCGCCCUCAGAUGCUUCCCACCCCUCAAAUGACCCCUCAGUCACAUAUCGCCUCUGCUCCUGCUGUGAGUUUGGCUACGUGUGGUGUUCGCCGCUCCUCCAUCGGUACGGCCAUGUCGCAGGCUCAGAAUUUGGGUAUGGCGCGCUCGACACUCGAUCAGCGCCCGCCUCCCUCGUUCUACACUCGGCAUACCUCGUACGAUGGUUAUCCGGCUGCGGUCCGUCGGUCCUCUCUGGCUCGUUCGACUUCGUCGGUAUCGUCCCCGGAUUCGAUGGUGUCAGAUGUAUCGACUCUUUCAUCCCGUUCCUCGCGGUCCUCCUCGGUGUCCUCGAAUGCUUCCGGCACAGGUGCCCCGGCCCCAUCCCGGCUGGCCGUCAAGGCUACCCUGCGUUGCACCAGUAACUCGCUCAAGGAGAGCCGUAAGACCCUGGCUAUUGCCUCUCCCAUUGAUGAGAGCGCUCUGGUUGAUCUGUAUAGCUCCCCUGACGCGUACCCCGGUGCGAUGGGCUCUGCCCCGGAUCUGUCCAUCUUCACGCUGGAUUCCAGUUUGAGCGAAGCUGCCCAGAGUCUAUGUGAGCUAUCGGGCGCGACUCCUCAGCUGCGUCAGACGCGUAAACGCGGACGUACCGGCUCGGAUGAUCUGCUCCUCCAAUCCCAUGUUCGUCAUCUGAUCGAUGCUGGUGCCUCGGGUGACUCCUCGGUGCUUCCCGACGGUCAUCUGGCGAAUUCCUUCCUUGUUCGCGAUGGAACUGCGGUCUCGGGACCUGCCGGCAUGAAGCGAGCCUGUUGUGGCAGCGAGGCACGCAAGGUCGCGCUCAACCCGGGCCUGCGUGCGAAAUAUUUGAAUUAA